CGGCGCAUCCCGGCCAGAAGGGGGAGAGGUUCGGCAAAGUCCGGAACCGCUCGGCAAUGGCCGGAGGCGGCUGCUGAGGUGGGGAGCGGCUGCCGGCUCGCUCUGCCCCGUUCGGCGCAAGGGGCAUCGUGGGGUGGGCGCCGCCGGCUCAGCCGUCCGUGAGGGGAAGGGGCGCGAUGCUGGCCGACAGCCUGGUGGAGGAGUUCGAAAUCCGCGAGGAUGAGCCUUGGUACGACCAGCAGGACCUGCAGCAAGAUCUUCACCUUGCUGCUGAGCUUGGGAAGACACUACUGGACCGUAACACUGAACUAGAAGAAUCCUUACAGCAAAUGUAUGCAACAAAUCAAGAGCAAUUGCAGGAGAUAGAGUACCUCACAAAGCAAGUGGAGCUCUUGCGGCAGAUGAAUGACCAGCACGCAAAAGUCUAUGAACAGCUGGAUGUGACAGCAAGAGAACUGGAAGACACUAAUCAAAAACUGGUUGCAGAGAGUAGAGCUUCACAACAAAAGAUAAUAAGCUUGACAGAGACUAUUGAAAGUCUACAAACACACAUAGAUGACCUGCAGCGACAAGUGGAAGAACUGAAGAAGCCUGGACGAGGCCGGAUGAGCCAGGAGAGAUCUGAGCAGCCAAGAUCAAUGCACAGUUUCUCCUGCUUGAAGGAGCUCUAUGACCUCCGCCAGUAUUUUGUUUAUGAUCACGUCUUUGCAGAAAAGAUUACUUCGAUGGAUAGUCAGUUAAGUCCUCUAGAAGAAGAAAAUGAGAAGUUAAAGAAGGCAGUGACAGUUCUGCAAGCCCAGCUGAAUGUGGAGAAAGAGAAGAGGGUAACCAUGGAAGAGGAAUACAGUCUCAUGGUGAAAGAGAACUGUGACCUGGAGCGGAGGCUGGUCGAUACAGACUUGUAUCGGGCUCGGGCGGAGGAGCUGGAAGCAGAAGUAGCUGAAAUGCGACAGAUACUUCAGUCUGAAAACACACUCCAUAAUGCAGAGAAACUGGUGCCAGAAUCCUUCUUCAUUUCAUUCAAGGAAUCUCUAGACAGGGAGCUUGAUCAGAGCCUGGCAGAUGAUGGACUUCUGACAGUAUCAGAGCUUGAGAAGAAGGCACUAAAACGGAGCAGCAGCGAAAGCCUCCUGAGCAGCUCUGCCGGCGCAGACAUUCUCAGGGGCCAUGAAGAAACGUGCAUUAGGAGAGCUGAAGCUGUGAAGCAGCGAGGGAUCUCUGUACUCAAUGAAGUUGAUGCUCAGUACAAUGCUCUGAAAGUGAAGUAUGAGGAACUUUUGAAGAAGUGUCAAAUGGAUGAAGAUUCUUUGAAACACAAGGCUGUACAAACACUGAAGCAGUAUUCCAAAGACCUAAAUGUGGGGAACACCCAGUAUGAUCUUUCAGCUAGCAAUCAAGAAUUCACAAUUGCUGAACUAAGUGACUCUUCCACAAAUGCUCCCCCUGAAUAUAAAGCACUAUUCAAGGAGAUUUUUAGCUGUAUCAGAAAAACAAAAGAAGAAAUAGAUGAACACAGAGCAAAGUACAAGACUCUCUCCUCUCAACCAUAACCUUAUCUGUUAGUCAAGAAAACACUUCAUAUGAAUGUCAGAAGACCCCUUAAACUGAUGUGUUUCUUAAGCACUCAGAAUGAAUGUUUUGGAUAGGCUGGUAGCCCUGUAGUUAACAAGCUAGUUAGUUAUCAGCUAGAUUCCCCGUUCCUGUGUAGCAGUAAUUUCAUGUUUAGCACUGUCACACAAACCAGUGGUUGUAAAGCAAACAAACAUCAUAACUUUAUGUUACACUACUACUUCAUAUUACACUUCAUCUCUGGCCAGAGCAGUGACUGGCACUUGUUUCCUUAGUCCACUUCAGAAAUAACAGAGCUGAGAACUCUGAAUCUCUCACAAGAACCGGACUAAAGCUCCCCUUUGGUUCACAGGGAUGAUCUAGCCCUGUGACUGCACUGAUGGAGAAAAUGAACAAAAGCAAAGCCCCGACCAGUCCCAGGGGCAGCAUCUCCUCAGCUCCAGGAAGGGAGCAGUCCAGCUGAUCUUGCUUUGGCAGGGUGGUGGAAAGCUGUGCUUGCUUUAGCUAAUACCACGUUUUCACAAUCACUAAGCUCUCCCACAGAUUAGUAUAAAUGUCUUUCUACUAAGGAAGGAUUUGGUGUAAAGUUUGUGUGGCUUUUUAGAUACGGUUUCCUUUGUAGGGCACUUUGUCUUAAGGCAAGAUACUGUGAAUUGACUCUAUGUGUUAUUUGGGACCUACGGUUCUCUGGUGGAAUGUCUGCAAAGUACAUUUUUAUGUGUAUUUGGUGAGUUAGAGAGUUGUUAUUUAGCUAUUUAACUUUAGAAGUAGCAUUGACAUAGUGGAGUAGCUUUUAAUGUUGCAUACCACAAACUCUUAAGUGCUUGAGGAGACAGGCCAGGUAAAACCUUACAUUGUUUUGUCUCUUGCUUCCAGUGUUGGCCUCUCUUGACCUAUUCCAUGCUGCCUGGGGCCUGGGAGGAUGGACACACUGCCAGCACAAAUCCUACUGAAAAGGGGACCAUACUCUUGUUCUCCCUCUCCUUUUCCAUUCCCUCAUAAUAAUUGAUACAAUACUUAAUUUCUGAAAAACAAUGAACAUGGAGAAGGUUGUUCUUUGGAACACAGAGAAAUUAGGAGGGAGGAAGAAAAGCACAGUGAAAAGUGCCAUCCUUCUCCUUGUAAAGGGUCUCAUAGCUUAAUGUGGCCAGCAGUUCUUGGGAAGCAGCUUCCUGCUGACCUGCUGCAAGGUACCAAACCCUUGACCCAGAAUGUUGACAGUUUCUCAGCUUUAGUCCAGCUGCUGCUGCAGCUCUGCUGCCUUACACUGUUCUCUGUUCUGCUCGUCCUUCAGGUGCAGUAUUAACACUUCAUGUUGUGGGAGUUUCUCUAAAACAUGUAUUGCAGUCUGAAAAUUAUUUAAAAAUGGGAAUCUGAAUCUUCUGAAUAUUUUUCUAAGCAAAUAAAUAAUCCAGUCAAACUGCAUGUGUAAGUAGUAAUUACAUCCAUCUGUGCCAAUCAGGAAACUGGACUUGGUGCAGCUGGCACCUGCAUUAUCUAGUCUUGCCAUCUUUCCUACAGAGCUCAGAUGGAGUUCCCACAAAAUUUGUAUUUUAAAAAAGUUAUGCUACGUGGAAAAGAACAGGCCUGUCUAGGACAGAAAUCCAGAUGGAAGUAAGUAGUUUUUCCUCAUUGUUGUGGUUUUUGCCUCUGCUGUUCAAAAAAAAAGACAAGGGUGGGGAAAGCAGAAAAGCUGCUCUGCCAUGAGGUUUCUUCCUGUCACUGUGUCCCUGCACCCGUCUCACCCCAAUUCAGAGACUGGAAAGCAGGACCCUGAGAAAGACACAAAGUGGUUCACUACCAGUGUUCCUUACCACUCUAGGGACAGGGGCAAACCACACCUGCUGGGCAGAAGACAGGUAAAAGCAGUUCCAGAUUUUUAGUUAAAUAGGUGAUCUUCAGUGAUUUAUCACUUUUGGCUAAUUUAGAGCACUGCAAUAGCAACACUUUCUAUGCUUUAAAAAUACAAAAAAUAUUUCCUCAGAACUUCUUGAUUCUUCUGUACUGUACUCCCCCCUUGGCUACCUCUGCCAUUGCUGAGCUCUGGCUCUCCUGCAGCUCUUACCUGUGCAGGCUGUGGAAUAAAUCCCUCCAGGCUGGGCUCUUCUUAGAGCUUCUCCUGGAGCGUGGCUUUCCCAGAGAGCUUUCCAGCCACAGCCACUGGGUCACUGCCAGCCAGGGCUGCCUGAACAUAAAACACAUCCCAGUUUUAUUGAUGCAGUUAAUAAACUACACUAACCUAUUAAAUAAGGUAGAGUUUUAGCAGUUCAAAAAUAGCCAUUUUCCACCAAAACGUGAAAUGCCGUAAGUAUGGGGACAAUAUUCUUAGCCAAUCUUAUCUGGAUUAACUACCUUAAUCUUCUUAUUUUGGUCAACAACUCAACUCAGCCUUUUCUGAGCAUAAGUAGAUGAAAUCAAUAGAAUCCCCUUUAGCUUCUCAUGUGAUGGAAGCUGCAGCAGAGAACAGGAGCAGCAGUGACUGUACUGUGCAGUGCCCACAGCAGAUACUCCUGCUGGUACUGCAGGUAAGGCCAGUUCAGGAUGAGCCACCAGGGCUGGGUCCCUGUCCCUGCUGCUGGGCUCCCCAGGGAGUGCACUGCACUUUGCCUCUAUCCUUCCUCCCCAAGCCUUCAGGAUGUAAAAGGAGAAGGUGCAGCUUCUCUUUCUUCUUGGACAAAUACAAGGCGGGGUAGAAUUGACCUUUGAGAUAAAAUUUUAUUUAAAAGUUACACAAAAUAGAGGUUUUACAUGUUUGCCGUGUGGUAACUACAGCUGGAUGCCUUCCAGAGGGUGCCCUCGCUUACUUACCUUGCUCUGUCACAUACAGUAAUGCACAAGGUCCCUCAAACCAACCCCACACCACUAGAAGAAAUCCAGUAGCUGUUCCCCAUGUCUCAGAUGCAGGUACUUCUCCAAAUAACUCAUUUCACAGACAACAGGUGAGAACAAUGGUUAUGUAGUACAGAGUUCACAGACAGUGAUUUUGUUCCCCCCUCCCAGGCCUGACAUUCCCAUGAACACGACUACCUGCUCUCUAUGAAGAGGGCUGCAAGGGCUAUGACAAUGCUCACACUAAAGUAUGAGCAUCCAGGGAUUUAACAAAAACUGGGAUGUUUGUAAACAAAUUUAAUUUAUUGGCAUUACUUACAAAAUAAAGUUUUAGACCAUGAUUUUCCAUCA